UGAAGGGAGUUCACGCUGCAAUGCGAGAGUACAGGACGGGCGCGGGCGGCCAGGAUUUUGCUGUUUUACUCUAUAACGUCCGACGAAAAAACCUCCAAUAUUUCACCAACCAGACCAAGGUAGAGCAAGGUUACGGCCAGUUAACGGGGGAAGGGAUCUAGGGACGGCUCCUUUGAAGUGACAUGCGAGGCCAAGUGCUGGGAGAGACCGUAUCACUGCGGUGAGGCCGGUUCACCUCGGAUCUGACGGUUCCGCUGAAUUCUCCACUCCACGUAGACCGAUUGUCGUCACCUUCGCAGAUGGCUCCUCCGCUCUGCCUAGUGCAGAGCCGCCCAUGAGCCGAGCCCGAUGGACCAUAGUACGGACCAGCUCCAUACCACCCCAGCCAUGGCGGACCCGUUAGCUAAGCCCUCACUCAAACCCAAGCCAGCGUUUGCCCAACUGGCAAACCCCUCCCAAGGGGGUGGAGCAUAUGGCAUGGAGUACGAAAUGGGAGAGGCAGUAUACAGUACACAACCCUUUGACACCAGCCCAAAGAUGCCCUGUCAGACAAAUGGAACUCCCACACAGCAGCCCAGCCCUUCCAAACUCACUUACAACCAAUCAGAAAGCAGCACUCUAGAAGUCAGGUCAUGCAGAGGGUCAGAGGUCAGUAGUCUGGCCACCGUCCCAGAAGAGAUUGUUUAUGAUGAUGUGGUCAUUCCAGAUGACCAGACUGAAGACAUUUAUGUUGUUCCCAGCUGCCAAGUACAACACAGUGCUCACAUAAAUAACUCGAACAAUACUGGUAAGUCAGACGUUGGGAACUUGGCAGCGACAGAUGACAACAUUUACGAUGAUGUCAUACCUCCCAGUAUGGCUGCCGUUGACGUGCUCAAACCACAGCAAGGUAAGAGCAACUCUGAAGCAGAAGGCAAUGCAAUUAUUGACGCCAAUGGGAAUGCCAAGCCGCGCAAAAGUCGGCCGACAAACCUGGAGAUGCCGACCGUGAAAGUGGCAGCCAUUGUGGAAAACAGGAAGCAGCCCGACACGCUGAGCUAUGACGCCAUGCUGUUGUACGCCGCAGACAACCAGGCAGGGGCCGUCCAGCCAAGGUACACAUCCUCGCCACGGGGCCAGGGCACCAGCCCUCCGGAUCCUACCAUCUACGAGGUGGAGUGCCUCCCCGGCGGUCCCGGGAACGACCAGCAUCCGAACGGAGGUGAGAGCAGUGUGGACCAAGGGUGGCAUGAGAAUGAGAUAUAUGAAGCUUACGAAGGCGAUUAUGCCCAGCCCCGCCUGUCCACCCACUUUGACGCCUUGGAGUGCAGCGGCGAAGACAGUGGUCCCUAUGAAGAGCCGAAUUUUGACGAGGACGAACAAGGUUUCUUCAUCGAUGACGACUUGCUCUACGAGGACCUCCUGGAUACCAACGAGGAUGAGGAAGACCAGCUAGUCAUGGAGGACUCAGACUCCAGCUGGGGCUCGGAGGAGUGGGAGGGGUACUCGGACGAGAGCGACAGCGAGAUGGUGCAUAGCUACGUCAUCGAGCCCAACUCCCCCCAGCCCAAGCGGGCCUCACUUGACAACAAGACCAUCCCCCGGCAACGGUCCCUGGUGACGUCCUACGGAAUGGAUCGCAAAGACGAGGAGAAACCGCAGGAGGAGACAGGUACCGACAUGUACAUGGACAUGGGCAGUCAUCACCAAACACAAAAAACACCAAAGUCGUAUCUAGAUUGGGUGAAAGAGUUCAAAGGUCGCAGUAACCUGGACAAGGUGAGGAACUUCUUGUUUGGACGCCAUGCGGGGCCCAAGGAGGAGGAGAAAGAAGAUAUGGAUGAAGAUAAGGACGACAUCCACUACAUCGACGUCAAACUGUCGCAGAUUAAGCACCCUCCACCGGCCCUGCCUCCCCAGCCCCAGGGCCUGACUACGGAACAGGUUGUCCGUCGUCACGUGGUGCAGUCCAUAAUCGACAGCGAGAAAUCCUACAUGGUUUCCCUGCAGCGACUCAUUCAGGCCUACGAGAAACCCCUCCUGGACAGCAUCCCGCCCCUCUUGGAGAAGGAGAAGGUCCGUAUGAUCUUCUAUCGUGUUCGGGGGAUCUACCAGUGUCAUCUCAUGUUCCAGAUUGCUCUGUCCAGCCGCGUCAAGAACUGGGACUCAUCAGACACCAUUGGAGAUGUUUUUGUUGCCUCGUUCUCCAAGGCCAUGGUGUUGGAUGUAUACAGUGCCUACGUCAACAACUUCACAAAUGCAAUGGAAGUGGCCAAGAGAGCGGCUGCGCAGAAGCCGGCGUUUAGAAACUUCAUCGAGACUCGACAAACGAGCAGCAUUGAUCGUCUCAGCCUCUAUGCACUCAUGCUGAAACCCAUUCAGCGCUUCCCACAAUUCAUCUGUCUUCUCCAGGAUCUCCUCAAGCGCACGCCAGCAGGCCAUAGCGACCGUAUGCCUCUUCAGCUAGCCCUGACCAAGCUUGAGACUCUGGCGAGUGUGCUGAAUGAGAGGAAACGCCAGAGCGAGCAACGCUACGCCGUCAAGCAACUCAUGAAGUGUCUCAAUGUCAAAAUCUCCACCAAGUUUAAAAAUGACAGAAGUCGCUGGCUCAUCAGACAAGACGAUAUGCUACAGACAACUGAAACUUACGACAGUCAGGGGGAAAUCAUCAAAUGCAAGGAGCGACGUCUCUUCAUGCUCAACGACCUUCUCAUCUGCACAACAGUCAUAUCUAAAACCUUGUCCCCAGGGCUGUCGCCUGGCUCUGACAUGCCCAGAUGCAAGUACCGGUGGAGCGUUCCACUCAGUGAGGUGGAGGUGGUGGAGCCCUCCGGGGAGGGAGGGACAGAAGUGGAGGUGUCCCAAGAACCUGGGAAGCUGACCAUCACUACUCAGCAGCAAGCUGAAGAACAUGAUUACACGUACACCGGUUCGGCAAGACAGAUGUACCAAGAACGGAACGACCUGAUGCACGACAUGGCUGUCGUCCGACAAAUCGGCGCUCUCCUGUCCACGCUCAAGGGCUCCUAUGGCACAUUGACGAAAGACGACGUGGAAGACUGGGCCGAGAUCAUCCAGAAACUUAUCUACAAGAAGGGUCAGGAGAUUAAGCAAGCUGAUGUCAGCAAGAUACAGCUGUCACUACCAGCUGUAGCCAUGGAUAAACGAGUGACCUUGGUGUUCGACGCGGUCAGCUCCAAGACCAGGUUAGACUGGGUAACUGCCCUGGAAACAGCCAAGCUUGCCUUGAAAUCCCACAACAACCCUGGAUGGUACACUUCGGAGGACAGCGACAGUGCUCACACUGAAAUGAACUACGGUGUACCCCUCCUCAUGAAAGCCCUUCCUGUAUUCACUACCAAGCAGUCAGCAAAGAUACACUGUGCGGUCUUGUGUCCCCUGGAACCGGCCUUUUCCCGCAGCCGGCGGAAACGUACCUUGGAGAGCGAGGCCACCAGGAACUGUCUGUGGGUGGUCAGUUCGGACAACAAGAAGUCUUACGUCAGCGUGGUCAGCUUCCAGCCCCCCUCGCCCAAAAUCCUGGAGACGUUUGAGCUGGGCGAACUGCGGGUGCUGUGCGCAGAGUGCGUGCCAGGGGUCACCCGGUCCCUGGGGGGUGGGGAGGCAGGCGCCCCAGGGAGGAGCUUCCGAGAGAGCGUGCGACGGAGCGAGUUCUGCUUGAUGAAGCCGACGGUGUGGCUGGGUACAGAGAAUGGCAGGAUAAGCAUCUAUGAGGCCAGCCAGACGGACAAGAGCCAGUGUUUGGUUAGCUUUAAGGUGCCUCGCGCCGUCACGUCCAUGAAGUACCUGAACAAUCGCAUGUUCCUUGCCCAGCAAGACGGCACGGUCCUCAUAUACAUCAGAACUGAAGAGGGUGAAUGGAAGGUGAAGGAGCCCAGAAUAUCGGAGCUGGGUUCACAUCCAGUCGUGGCCCUCCUUGCCGUCAAGCAGAAUAUGUGGUGCGGCUGUGGCAACCAGAUCCACAUCAUUGACACAGAGAGCGAAUUCUCCCAGACUGACUUUGAAGUCCACCAGGAACAGAAUGAGAGCAUACAGAGCAUGGUGGUGGCCGGCGUGGGCGUCUGGGUAGCCUUCCAAACCUCUGACAUCAUCCGCCUGUUCCAUACAGAGACCCUGCAGGUGCUGCAAGAUAUCAGCCUGGCCAGUCCCAUUGGGAGGAUGGUAGCAGGCCUUAGUCCCAAAUCCCAAACCAUCUUCCAAAAUGUCCACUCUGUUCAAGUCACCCACCUGCUGGCCUGCUAUGGCUCCCUGUGGGUGGGCAGCAACCUGGGCAUCUUGGUCAACUUCCCCUUGCCGCGGUUGGAGGGGGUGCCCCUGGUCAACGGGCCGGCCAUGGUGGCCUACCACACCCACGGCGGUCCAGUCAAGUUUAUGCUAGGCCUGGAAAUCAACCGGCAGAGUGACCGAAUCCAUUACUCAUCCAAGGACGACAUCAACGAAGCUUCCACACCGACACCAACUCAAACACCGCAUUCCACUCCAAUGGAUGAAGCGCCUGCCCGCAUCAACCCCCCACGCACCAAAGCCAGUGCCCACACAGCCAACCUGGUCACAUCAGCCAUGUCCCCCAUGACGGAGUACUUCUCCCUGGCCUUUGACGAGGUGGACGAAGAUGACAAACCCAGCACGACCGACAGCGGCGCCUGCAGCAGCAACUUGUCCGAGGAGAGCGGCCGGGGUGACCUGGCGUCAAAGGUCCAGGGUCAGACAGACCGGGUGUCGGCCAGCAUCACCAGCACCACCAGCUUGGUGCUAUGUGGCGGGGAGGGGCACAAUUACCUAAUGCAGGAGGGGUCAGAGGGCAGAGGUCGAGAGGCAGAGCUUCUGGUGUGGCAAGUUUCCAUGUAGCGAAUCACAGGUACCGUAGUAGCAAAAUGCUGGUAGGUCAAGGGCAAAGUUCAUGUACGUUAACCUGAUCAAGGGUCAAAGUCAAGUAUAAAUAUAUCCAACUUGUAAAUGUCACAGCAGCCAAUUUAGAAUGGCACGAAGUGCACAACUCAUGCAAGUCUUGAAUGUUUUUUAAAAGUUGUAGAAAAUGAAACUAAGGAAGUACACGUAAGUGGUUGCAAUGUAUUGAUGAUGACUUUUUUUACGACCAUUUCCUUUUUAAAUCGGCUGACUAUUUAACAGUCUACAGUAGAUGAGCAGUUUGUCGGCCCUUUAUGCACACUAACAUCAGGCACUCCAAGUGUGUUUCGUUCACGCACCGAACAAAAGAUCAAAACCAAAACAGUUAGUCAGUUGACGUCCUUGAGCAAGUCUGAAAUUAAUCAUAGGCACAACAGUACUGUGUCAUUCCCUUCGUUGUGUUUCUUCCAUUAUGCUGUGCAAGCAAGACAUAGAAAACCCAAGUCACAACAGUCCCCUGGGGUCGACUGUAUGUUGACCUCAACAUACAGUCGACCCCAGGGAACUUGGUAUACAGAAUAGCAAAGUGCAGCAUUUUUAAGGGGGGGGGGACGACUAGUUCUAACUUUAGCAAUAGCCCUUGUGGCAUUUUAACAUUUGUCUGCUGAUGGGAUUAGGCAAGUUUGUGUGUGCUUUCCAAUAAGAAGCCAUUUCGGUAUUCCAACAGUGCAUACCUAAACCGAAGCACGUCCGAGGUCGUUUGGGAACUGCAGCACGCACACACACGAUUGUCUGUCCUAUCAGUGCAGCCAUGCACCGACUCCUGAAAAACUUUGCCCUUUUAAGAAACCCUACUGGCUUAUUGGAUCCUGAGAGCAGAUAUUUUGACCUUGAUAUCUGCUUCAAGCAGAACACAAGAGGGCGUGGAUUUUUUUGUACUCACUGUAUAAAGGCGCACCAUGAGACAUGUACCUACAUGUAAUUUAUUCCGGCAGGUAUGGUUUUUGGGUACACGCAGAAUGCAUACAAGAACCCGCUUGUAACCACCUGUCUUUCUUUUCGCCAAUUUGGGGUGCACUUCAGCUCGGGGUGGAUACACAGCCAGACGCUUUAAGAAGGAAAGUAAUGAACUUUAACAUGGAUACAAAAUUAAUAAGCCUGCCUUUUUGUUAUCACAUGUAUAUUAAAUGUCCCACUGAGUUUUGUUUUUUAGUUUGUAGUAUUUUUGUUAGUACAUGUAAAAAUGAAGGUUUUCAAGGAGGUCAUACGAUAUUUGGUAAAAGAAAACGGACCAAGAGAAUUGACAGUUUGCAGUGUAAAACUUGGAGAAAAAUUCUCUGUCCACUGUCAAUUAGUUUCCCAUCUGGUCAGUGUCAGUCCAGUUGAAAAGUGGACAAAAAAUUUACAUCAAAAAAAGCUUUUCCAUUCCAAAGCAUGAUGCUUACGCAUCUCCGUCACAGAACUACAUGGACCAUUAUUUGUCAUCUUUAGAUUAACGUACAAAAGCUUUUU